AUGUGGAAAAAACUGCUAAAGCUUCGCCCGAUAGCCGCAAAGUUCCUUAGACAAGAGGUUAGAGAUGGACUGAGCACUUCCUUUUGGUAUGAUAAUUGGUUGCCCAUCGGGCCUCUAAUCAAAGUACUGGGAGAGGUGGGUUCAAGAACACUAGGAGUCGCUAAAAACGCUAAAGUGGCAGAGGUGGCAGACGAGAGUGGUUGGAAGAUUCGGCGUAGGCGUGGUUCACAACUCCAAGAGUUAUUGAGGCAAAUUAGCGCUAUAUCUCUGCCAAGGGCAGACCAAGGAGAAGACAUCACGCUUUGGAAACAGAGUACGGACAAAUAUGAGCCUUUAUUCUCAUCUAAGAAAACUUGGGAGCAAUUAAGAGUGACGGGUGCAGAGGUUCCAUGGCACCGGCUGGUUUGGGUCCCAGAAUCAGUCCCACGGCAAGCUUUCAUAACUUGGCUUGCUUUCCGGGUCGACUUGAAACAGGUGAUCGCACUAGAGUAUGGGGAGACUUCCGAGCUUGUGUUCUAUGUGGUGAGAUAA